AAUCAAGAAACUGCAAAAGAAACCUUUUUGUUAUACCAGGGUCGUCAACGAGCACCGGAACGAAUGGUGAAAAUGUUGUUAGAUGGUACCAAGAAAUACAACAAGGAGUCAAGAGGAAACAAACGAAAAAGAACAAAAAACAAAGGGAAGCGGAAGAAGAAGGGGAAUAA